UGUGUUUUUUACAGUCUUAACCAAUAUACAGUAUCGGAGAACAAUAUUUUCUUUAAAUUAUUGUUUAAUCUUCUACUAAAAUCAACAAUUACGAAUCAAAUUUUCACAAUGAUGCACUCUGUUUCAAAGACUAGUCAAUUUAUGAAAUGUAUUUCUCCUACAAUUAGACCUUUGGCAAUUCGUUGCAUAACGAACAAAAUAGAAGAUGUGGGUACACACACAGGACAGAAAUGGGAUUCUGAUGACUAUCGACUUGCCAGAUUUGCUUUGGCCCCAAAACAAGUAAACCAAAACUGGGCUAUCAAUUUAAUAGCUGAAGUUCCACCAAAAGAAGUAACUGAACGAGUGGUAUGGUGUGAUGGUGGAAGUGGGCCAGAAGGACAUCCAAGAGUUUAUAUUAAUGUGGACAAACCUGGUGAUCAUAGCUGUGGGUACUGUGGACUGAGAUUUGUUAAGAAGGAUCAUCAUUAAAAAUGCAAAGGAUUAUUUAUAAUUUUUAAAUUGUGUUAUCUAUAAUAGAAAAUUGUAGCAUCUGACUUUGAAAAAAUAAAUAAAAUAAUUUCAAAAUGUA